AUAAAAAAGGUUAAGCCCAGCCCAUUUCAUAAAACAACUUGGCGAAGGAAAAGAAGAAAACCCUAGUUGCUUCUCAUCUCCCACCCUCGCCAGCCGUUCUCUUCUCCUUCAAAUAACUUCAUAUUCCGCUAUUUUCCAAACCCUAACGAAGUUCCAGCCAUGGCGACUGCAACAGCUCCACGUCAACUCUCGCAGAAGGAGGCCGACAUUCAGAUGAUGUUGGCGGCUGAGGUUCAUCUUGGCACUAAGAACUGUGACUUCCAAAUGGAGCGUUACGUUUUCAAGCGCCGCAACGAUGGAAUCUACAUUAUUAACCUGGGUAAGACAUGGGAGAAACUUCAGCUGGCUGCCAGAGUCAUUGUGGGUAUUGAGAAUCCACAAGACAUCAUUGUUCAGUCCGCUAGACCUUAUGGUCAGAGGGCUGUCUUAAAGUUUGCUCAGCACACUGGUGCGCAUGCUAUAGCCGGGAGGCACACCCCUGGAACCUUCACCAACCAACUUCAGACCUCAUUCAAUGAGCCACGUCUUCUGAUACUGACUGAUCCUAGAACUGAUCAUCAGCCUAUCAAGGAAGCUGCCCUUGGAAACAUUCCUACAAUUGCCUUCUGUGACACUGAUUCACCAAUGCGGUAUGUUGAUAUUGGGAUCCCUGCAAACAACAAGGGGAAACAUAGCAUAGGAUGUCUCUUCUGGCUUUUGGCAAGGAUGGUUCUGCAGAUGCGUGGAACUAUUCGUGCAGGGCAUCAAUGGGAUGUGAUGGUGGAUUUGUUUUUCUAUCGGGAGCCUGAGGAGGCCAAGGAGAAAGAGGAAGAAGAGGCUGUUGCACCCCCAGAUUAUGGCAUUGCAGAUUAUGGUGGUGCUCCCCUUGUUGCUUCAGAUCAAUGGGCUGGACAAAUUUCUGAUGCACAGUGGGGUGCUCCCGAUUUGAUUCCAGCACCAGAUGCUGCUCCUGUAGUUGUUCCACCUGUUUCAAAUGUCGAGUGGACCCAAGAGCCAGUAGUAGCUAUAGCAUCAGAUGGAUGGGAUGCUGCAGCACCACCACCAGCACCUUCAGCAGAAGGUGGCGCCCCAGCUGCCAGUUGGUUUUAAGGGGUGCUUCCAUGAGAAUUUGAUUUAUCGUUUUAGAGUUUGCUUGUUUAUGUAGGGGUUCCACCUUUUUUGGUUGCAAACUUCACUUGUCUUUUCCCUCAUAGUCUACUUUUAGAUUUUGAGAUUGAAAUUUUGACUUAAACUUUGGUUUCCUGGUACAAUUUUUUGGGAUAUAAGAGAAAUUACAUGCCUAAACUAUAAUGAACGUUUAUAUAAAUGCUAUUUCAAAUCAUGGGCCCAAUGGGUCCGAUCCUUGCAUGAGCA